AAAGCUAGAAAAGAGUGGACCACCAAGAGGGGCACGAUGUUGUAGAGGGCUGGAACCGCUCGUAAGCUGCUGAGAUCUGUUUCAGGGGAACAAGCAAUAUCCUGAGGACCUGAAAAUGGCAUACCUGCUCAUGUUUGUCACCCUGCUGCAUCUCAUCACACUGGCUAUGCUGUUUAUUGCGACCAUGGAGAAGUCCUGGUGGGUGUGGGACGGCAUGGAAAACUCAGACUUAUGGUACAACUGUAGGUUUGACAACUCCACAGGAACCUGGUUGUGUGCAUCCUCCAAAGAAACUGAGUGGCUUCAGGCCGUGCAGGUGCUGAUGGUGCUCUCAGUGGUCUUCUCCUCAGUUUCCUUCUUGGUGUUCCUCGGUCAGCUCUUCACAAUGUCUAAGGGUGGACUCUUCUAUUUCACUGGACUGUGUCAAGUCUUUGCAGGACUGACCGCCUUUUGUGCAGCUCUCAUCUACACAUUGCGCAACAAGGACAUCCUUCCAGACUCCAAAGAACUUACUUCAGGACAGUUUGGCUACUGCUUCAUCCUGGCCUGGGUGUGUGUCCCCUUGUUGCUGUGCAGUGGGAUCAUAUACAUCCACCUGCGUAAGAAAGAGUGACCAGAAAAACAGGGGGAAAAAUGACGUCACCACCAGUAUUGGAAAGAAAAUGAUUAAAUUAACUUGUUUUUGAGAACUGUUUAUUUCACAGGAGUCACAGAUGCCUAUCUUAUGACGUGUAUGCUCAGGCUUCAUCUGAUGUGAUUAUGUGAGGUAUUUUUUUAUUUGUGUAUUCUGGAAAAAAAAUAUUAGGAUGUCACAGGGAAUUGGUCCAAUAUGUAACGCUCACCUUUUGCUUUAGGACAUUUUUUUUUACUUGUUUUGUUGUCCACUUGUGCCAUGUGUUGACUAAGUAAGGCAAAUACCAAAGCAGUGAUAGGAUAUGUAUUGUUUAUUAGUGAUGUUGGCUCUAUAAAUUGCUUUUUUCCCCCCUUACAGCUAACUGGAAAUGUAUAUUUUUGUACCUAAUGCUGAUGUACAAUAUUUUUAGCAGCAGCCCUGAAUAAAUAUCACACAAAAACAAA